AUGGAAAAGACCUCGUUGGAAACAGUGGUAGUGGCUUUGGAAUUGAUUUUUGCCUCCAAAAGAUUGCUCGGCAGCGAUAUUCCCCAAGGCAAUACCAAGCCACUAGGGAGGUAUGCUGUUCUAGGCAUACGCAAUCCCGAACAGACGAUAAACGGCCAGACAUGGGCUUAUCUAUCACGCACUCAAAAACGAUAUGGACUUACUAUGAGAUAUUCUAACUCAUUUCUUUUAAUUUCCUUGUCAUUUGUAUUUGCAUCUCUGGCCAAGGUCUGGUUGCCAAAAUGCCAUGUACUACACAGGUUCAGUCCAAUUGGAGGAAAUUUUCUACACGAUCUUGAAACAGUAUCUGCAUCUAUUUCGGAUGACUUACAAACAUUUUACUAUGACCAAACACUUGAUCACUUCAACUAUAGGCCAGAAAGCUACACAACUUUUCAGCAAAGAUAUGUGAUCAACUCUAAGUACUGGGGAGGUGCAACGAGUAACGCACCAAUUCUUGCUUAUUUUGGAGCAGAAGCACCUUUGGAUGGUGAUCUUUCUGCUAUUGGUUUUCUUGCUGAUAACGCCCAGCAAUUUCAGGCUCUCAUACUAUAUAUAGAACACCGAUAUUAUGGGAAGUCAAUACCAUUUAGAACAAGGGAAGAAGCACAUGUAAAGGAAACACUACAUGGCAACAAUUCUCCAGUAAUUGUUAUUGGAGGAUCAUAUGGAGGAAUGCUAGCUUCAUGGUUUCGGCUAAAAUAUCCCCAUGUUGCCCUUGGUGCCUUGGCCUCCUCGGCUCCAAUCCUUUACUUUGAUGAUAUUACGCCACAAAAUGGAUAUUUUUCUAUUGUCAGCAAGGAUUUUAAGGAAGCUAGUGAGACUUGCUACCAAACUAUAAAAAAGUCAUGGUCUGAAAUAGAUAAAGCCGCAUCUCAGCCUAGUGGUCUUUCAAACCUUAGCAAGGAAUUCAAGACUUGCAGACCCCUAAGCAAAUCUUCAAAGCUCAAGGCAUACUUGGGGAUUAUGUAUGUCUGUGCAGCCCAAUAUAAUCAUCCUCUAGAUUAUCCGGUUACCAUUGUUUGCGGCGGCAUAGAUGGAGCUCCUUCCAACGCUAGUAUUCUUCAAAAAAUAUUUCCAGGUCUUGUUGCUUAUGGUGGAAUUAGUUCAUGCUAUUUUAAUGAACCCAAAAAUAUAUCUAAAACGACUAUGGGAUGGAAUUGGCAGAAUUCAAGAAUAAGAGUGUACCUUAGUAUGGUGAAUUUCAAAACCAAAGAUCAGAAGUUCUUGAGAACACUUUCAAUCUUCACUCCAAUUUCACUUGUGCCCAAGAAAUGUGGUCUCUCUAAAUCAGUUUCUAUGAAUUUGUUCAAGGGAGAAUGA